AUUUUGUACCCUUCUAGCUUAUGAUUUGGUUAUGUUAUUGAGUCAAACGUGUGCUUUUAAUCCCUUUUCUGUUUAUCAUUCAGUUCAUUGGGCCUUAGAUAGCAAUGGUGUCUUUGGAUAAGAAAAGAUGCAAAAUGGUGCAAAACCGAGCAGACUGGGUUAGCAACUCAUUUCGGCCUUAACAUCUUUCUCCGAACUUGGAUUGGCCCAAAUAAUAUGUAGUUGGAAAGAUGAGAGUCUGAACUUCAAGAUGGACUACUCAAAUGCAUCAGAUUAUGAAGUUGAGCCCAAUUCGUGAGCCCAUAUACACACCAGGCUCAGGAUUGCAGUUUCCAGUUGUUGAGCCUUGGAUACUUUCUUUGAGCCAUGUGACUCACCACAGCUUUCCUUGACUUUAGACCAGACAUGUUGAGCAAUUUAGGGAGCAAUUUAGGGAGGUGUGUCAGCUACUCAAAGGCAAAGGAUUCACUCAAUUGACCAAUAAUUCACUCCAGCCAUCUUAUAUCACUCCAUUCAGCCCAAAAUCAGAGGGAGGAACAACUCCAACAAGCCUUCCUUCCAUUUCCUACAAAUUUGUUCUUUCUCUGCCAUCACCAACCACCCAAACUCAUCCCAAAUCACCUCUUUAGUUUCCAUACUCUAGACAUGAGAAAGUUCUUGGAGUAGCAUUAGACGUGGAGAAGCACCUGGAGAAGCCUUGGAAACCACAAGCAACUUCAGAAUUGGGUUUCUCUACUCUUAUUGCAUUCAAUAUGUUUUCUCAUUUUUGCUUAAGUUUCAUUUCCAUUAUGAGUAGCUAAAUUCAUAACUAGGGCUAUGAUGUAACCUAACAUGAAUAUUCUGGGUUUAUAAGUUGAAGUUUUGAGUUUCAAGUUUGAUUCAUGAUUCAUAUUCCUAUUCUUUAUGCUUAUCAGUUAAUAUGCUUGUUUGGAUGAUUGAUCACCAUUAGAACUUGUAUAUUAGCUACCUUGGUUUGAAUCAAGAGUAGACACCAUGCUUUGAUUUGAAUUGAACUAUGAAUAAGAAAAGUAUGUAUGGACAUUCGACAACAGGGAUUAGAUACAUGCUUGGUUGUUUAAAUUGUUCUUCUAUGCUUAAUGGGUUCCUAAUGCUUAAUUUAGAUUAGACAACAAAUGAUCAAGUUAGGGAAUUAGGAGCACAGGGUUAGGACCAGACACCAUGGCCUAAUCAUACUUUAGCUAGAAUCAAUCUUUGAAUUCGAAUGAGACUUGUCACUUGACUCCUUAUAACCCAGAAUUGAAUUGUUAUGGUGAACCGAAUGCCCUAGUCUCCCAAUCUGUUUUCCAGCCUACAAAAGUACUCUUUGUUACAUUUGUUCACUUUGCUUUUGUUUGAAAUUUCGUUUUGCCUCAUUUGUUCAACAAUUACAAUCACUCUUGCUUUAAAUUCUAUUUUAGACUUAACCUCCUACUUUCUUGAAUUUGAUAAUCUAAGUACAUAACUAAUUUUAACUUCUCAGUCCUCGUGGGUACGACCUCGUACUUGUCUUGCUAUACUACUAAUUGGCCCGUACAAUUGCGAGUUAACAUUUUAACAACAAAUUUUGGCGCCGUUGCCGGGGACUGAAUGAAAGUUCUUCCCUGGUUAUGUGCCCAAGGUUACCCUAUUCUUUUAGAAGUACUAAUUAACUCAAAUUAUUUUCUGUUUCAGGUAGUUUAUGUCUAGUAAUCCUUUCCUUGAACAAGUGAGGUCUUCAUUCCAACGUUCGAGAUCUUUGAACGCAGGGCCAUCUUUGCAACCAAACCGGGUGAUCUCUGAAAUUCAGAAUCGUCUAGAAAGAGAGUUAGCAACUGCAAAAGAGCAAGCCAUUGCCACAUUUGAAGGUCUUGCUAUCCACACUGACCUCCCAGGGUCUUCACCUUCAAAUUCGGAAUCAAGUUCAGACCAAGAAGAAGAAGAGAUGGCUGCCAAUGAGUUCAUGGGAGACCUUGAUAUCCCAACAAUUCCAGCAUCCCCUUCAAGCAUCUUGCUGCCCACCGCAGCUCGAAACUAUGAGCUUAAAUCUUCUCAUCUUAAUAUGCUCCCUUCUUUUUAUGGUUUACCUAAUGAAGAUCCAUUAACUCAUAUAAAGGAUAUUUUUAAUGUUGUGAGCUCUUUUCCCUUGACAGGUGUGACGGAAGAGCAACUUCGAAUGAGAGUGUUUCCUUACACUUUGAAAGAUAAGGCGAAAUAUUGGUUGAAUUCUUUGAAGCCUGGUUCACUCAUGAAUUGGGGAGCCAUUCAAAAGAAGUUCUUGGAGAAAUAUUUCUCCACGCAAAAAACCGACAUGCUUAGGGACAAGAUCCUUCUAUUUGCACAACAAGAUGAUGAGUCAUUUUGUGAAGCAUGGGAGAGAUUCAACGGGCUGCUCAAUCAAUGUCCUCAUCAUGGGAUUCCAUUGAAGCUUCAGAUGCGUAUGUUUUAUAAAGGACUAACCCCCUCUAGCCAUAAUAUUGUCACUAAUUUUGCAGGUGGUUCUUAUAAGACUAAAACUCUAAAAGAAACAUAUGAACUCUUUGAGGAGAUAGCAAUGGAGACCCAACACACCGAUACAAGAGGUAAACGUAUUGCUGGUGGUUCUAAUGAUUCUUCCAGUGUGCAGAUUUCCAAAUUGGAACAAAAGCUAGAUGCCCUCCUUGCAUUGAACUCAAGAAACCCUUUGAAGGAAGUGUGUAGCAUCUGUGAAACUCAUGAUCAUCCUACCAUUUCUUGUCCCUUUGGGGCUGCAUAUCCAGAAUUUGUGCAAGAGCAAGCUAAGUUGGUGAAUUCCUACAACCGAGGUCCAAUAAAUGACCCAUAUUCUCAAAGUUAUAAUCCAGGUUGGAGGAAUCAUCCAAACUUUUCAUGGAGGAAUACACAGAAUCAAGCGAAUCCCCCUUCACUCCAAAGGCCACAACAAUCAUCAUCGUUGGAGGAUUUAGUGAAGCAAAUGGCAAUCAACCAAAACAAUUUCCAGCAAACAACACAAGCUGCCAUCUCCAAGUUGGAAGUCCAAUUGGGCCAGAUAGCUACUGAAAUAGCUCAAAGAGAACCUGAGAAAUGGCCAAGUCAAACCGUGAUCAAUCCAAAAAACCAAGAAGCCAAGGCCGUUCAUGUGCUCAUAUCAGGUAAGAUUGUUGAUAACAAAGUUGGUUCUGAUCUAUCAAAUGAUGUUGUGGUUGUAGAGGAUGAAGAUGAAGAGGAAACCACAGCUAUGGAAGGAGAACAACCCAAAACGUCCCAAUCUGCUCCUAAGGCCAAAUCUGAUUCUCAGGAACCCAAUCCAUUUCAAUUGCAUAAAAGAGAUGACAAAUUUGUGCCAUCACAUCUUCAUCAAGAUAGAUACAUCCCACCUCCUCCAUAUAUUCCACCGAUUCCAUUUCCAGGCCGUUUGAAGAAAGCAAAUCAAGAUAAGGCUUUUAAAGAGAUUUAUGAUAUUUUGAGUAAAGUUAAUAUCAAUUUGCCCUUGCUUGAUGUUGUUAAACAGAUUCCUGCAUAUGGAAAGUUCAUCAAGCACUUGAUGACUCACAAGCUCAAUUUUACUCCAAGUGAAGAAGUAAAGCUCAACAAGAAUGUGAGUGCUGUGUUGCAAAGGAAGCUUCCACCAAAACUAGAAGAUCCUGGCAGCUUUAACAUUCCCAUUAACAUCGGAGAUAAGACGGUUGGAAGAGCCAUGUUGGACUUGGGAGCAAGCAUCAAUGUAAUGCCAUAUUCAGUUUAUCAGGCGCUUGGCUUAGAAGGGAUAAAGAAAACCUCAAUUCGUCUUGAACUAGCUGAUCAUUCUAUCAAAUAUCCAAAAGACCGUGAUGAUCCCAUUCUCCUCGGGCGACCAUUCAUGGCCACUGCAGACACAAUCAUCAAAGUGAAAGAUGGCACCCUCUCCAUGACUGUUUUGGGUGAAACUGUUGAAUUUAAAGUGUUUGAUGCUCUGUCUCAACCUUCUAUCACUCUUGAUACUUGUUUUUCAAUUGAUGUUGUGGAUCAUGAGGUUUCUUCUAAAAUUGUGCAGAAAAAGUCUAAUGAUGCUUUGGAAGCGGUCCUAACACAAGAAGAGGAAGAUCUCUUUGAAUCAGAGUUCCAAGAAGUGAUGGCUGCCUUAGAAGUGUUUCAGCCAUACCCACCAUCCUUUAGGCCACCACUUGAGCCUCUUGUAUCAUCCUCCACAAAAUUGGAGCCAUCCAUUAUCACCCCACCAAAGCUAGAACUUAAACCUCUACCCAAUCAUCUUAAAUAUACUUAUUUGGGUACUAAUGAAACUCUCCCUGUUAUAAUUGCUGCAAGUCUCACUUCACAUGAAGAGGACAGCUUAAUUGAAGUUCUGAAAGAACAUAAAACAGCCCUUGGAUGGACCAUAGCAGACAUCAAAGGAAUUAGUCCAAGCAUGUGCAUGCACCGAAUUUUAAUGGAAGAAGACAGCAAACCAUCUCGUGAUGCACAAAGGAGGCUAAAUCCCAAUGUGAAAGAGGUGGUUAGGGCUGAAGUUUUGAAGCUACUUGAUGUGGGAAUCAUCUACCCAAUUUCAUAUUCUAAGUGGGUGAGUCCUGUGCAAGUGGUUCCAAAGAAGUCCGGAAUCACCGUUGUAAAGAAUGAGAAGAAUGAGCUAGUUCCAACACGCACUAUCACUGGUUGGAGAGUUUGCAUUGAUUACAGGAAGUUGAACACAUCCACGAGAAAAGAUCAUUUUCCCUUGCCUUUUAUUGAUCAAAUGCUUGACCGUUUAUCUGGCCAUGCUUACUACUGUUUUCUUGAUGGAUUUUCAGGUUAUAAUCAAAUUCCCAUUGCUCCGGAAGACCAGGAGAAAACCACGUUCACAUGCCCAUUUGGUACAUUUGCUUAUAGAAGGAUGCCAUUUGGUUUGUUUUCAUGCUUACAAGAUGUCAGGAAACAAAUCUGA